AUGGAAAACCCAGAAUUUAGAAGGGCACCUAAUGGGACCCUCUUUUUGAAGGCCACGGCCGAAGCCAGCGCCCUCGCCCCCCGGCGAGCAGCCGGCCAAGCCCCAUACAGGGCAAAGAAGCCAGAGGAGGUGGACGCGGAGGCCUGGGCCCACGUCUCCUCCGAGGGUGGCUCCACCGACAACGCCACCCUCGUCCUGAGCCGGUGGAAGGUCCAGUUCGGCCAGUACCAGGGAAAGAUCUUCCACUGGCUCCUGGAGAACGACGUGGGCUACGCCGUCAAUCUGGUCGCCUCCCACCAGAAGGAGCGAGAGAGGACAGGGUCUCAGUCUCCGCUGAUGGCCAACAAGGACGCCUUCACCCGCUACUCCUCAGCGUACCCUGACUUUGUGGAGGCAGUCAGGUUCCACCGGGCGUUUGAGGAGGCGCGGGCAAAGUCCCUCCUGCCUGGUCAGGAGGGACAGGCCCUUGUUGGCUUCGGGGACUUUAAAUUUGAGACCCUGGACGGCCUGUACAACUCUCUGGACCCCCAAAAAAUCCGGCCUGCUUCAGCGUUCGCGGCCUUCGUGUCCGGGCGGCGUUCUCUGUCUGCCGUGGAAAUGCAGGCACAGAUCAAGAAGCUGGUGGUCCCUAAGCCUGCAUUUCCAGCCUCCCUCAGAUCAGCUCUUCCCUCCAAGCCAUCGGAGGAGCCUUCCGAUGAAGAGCUGAUCAGGGCGGUAGUUGACAUGGAGGAGUAUGUACAGGCCCCUCUCUCGUUCCAUCCACCUCCCGCCACCUCCUCCUCCGCACCACACAAGGGGGCUGGUGUCUCUGUCGAGCCCACGGACGAGGAGCUGCUGGAGGCCACGCAGGAACAACACCACCUCCUGCGACCUCCAGCAGGAGUCCAGCCUGCAGAGUCACCAGCUCCCUCCUCGCCACCGCCGCCCGCAGCCCCCGGUGCUGCUGCUCCCGGACAGGAGGAGCUGCCAGGGCCAGCCUUCCUCCCUCUUCCGCCACGUGAGCUGCUGCCCGAGUCAUGGCGGGCAGCUCUCACUGCAGAGCAGCAGCAAUGGAUCGGUCGGGUGCUGUUCACCAGGGACCAGUCGGGGAGGCCGAGCCUCAUCACAGACUUGAAUCUGUGGUGGAGCCCCCCCCAAUCCCGGCCGAUCUACCACCAGCCUCCCGCGUCCCCCGACCCCUUCUUUGCAUGUCGGCUGUUUCUUUGGAUGCCACACCGGAUCUGGCGUCUGCAGCUGACAUGCCCCCAGCCUUCAUGCACCGGGUCCAUGGUGAAGGCUGGGCUGUACAGGACCAUCCGGAGGGUCCUGGACAUCGACGGCUGGUAUCUCAUGGCCACUGAGUACCUGGAGUGCCGUCGAUGCAAGAAGAAGGUCGGCGGGUGGUCACAGGGCAUCAUCAGGCAGCUGGCCCCCACCUACAGCUGCCAGUUUCCAGCAGUACUUACGUACAAGCUGUCCUGUGACCAUAGGGUGGUUACACAGCUGAAGUCCCGCACUCUGGGCAACAGUGCCACUCAGCUGUGCAACACCCUGCGGGAGCAGCACUCGGACGCCUGGAUGCGGAGAGCGAUCCAGUACCUCGGCGUGUGCGAGCAGUUCCUGGCCUUGUGCAGCGUGAGGGGGCAGUUUCCACCACCGCCCCAAAUGCCCACUCUGCCCUCACCCAUCUGGCUGCUGACAGUCUACGGAUAUGAUAUAAUGACGCGGCUGGAUGAGUACAAGGCCAGGAUCACGUCCACCUUCGGAUCCAUCCUUAAGAUGGAUUCCACCAAGAAGGUGACGAAGAAGCUCGCCGGUACCGCUUUCGACACGGCCGCCUGGGUUACCAACGUUGGUAACGAAUACGGGCAGGUCCUCAUCAGCGUUCUCACCUGCUCCGAGGGCGCCGAGGGCCUGUCCAGUAUGGCGGCCGGACUGAUGAGGCGGUACCGACUCGCCGAGGUACCACCCCCCCAGCUGAUCUACGUGGAUCGGGACUGCUGCAACAGAGACGGCGUGUCAAAGACAGCUGCCUUGUUUCAGGAGUGGGGACAGCUUGUGGUGAGACUAGACAUCUGGCACCUGAUGCGACGUUUCGCAGCAGGUGUCACCACAGAGAGCCACGAGCUGUACCCCGCUUUCAUGAGGCAGCUGUCUCUGUGCAUCUUCGAGGUGGACCCCGGAGAUGCCCGCCGUCUCACUGAAGCCAAGCGGUCCCAGCUGGAGGGGAAGCACGGGAUGGUCGGCCUGACCGACGCCGAGGUGAUCCAGAAGAUCACCAGGGAGGAAUGGAGGCUCCACUGCCGUCGUCGGACGCGUGGGGCGGAGGAGACGGCGCUCCUGAUCCAGGACCUCCUCCAAACCUUCGGCGGUACGGCAGGACGCGACAACCUGGACAUCCCGUUGCUUGACCCUCUCCGCAUCCAGGACAUAUGGAGUACGCAGAGGCCCCACCUCAGCUGCAUACAGGACCCACCUGGCGUGCAGCUCUACACGCAGACCGGCAGGCUGACAAAGGGCGGAGUCAUCCUGCCGGUCUAUCGCUGCGCGAGGGGCUCCACAUCUUUGGAGUCCUUCCACCUCCACCUCAACCGGUUCAUCCCAGGGACCCAGGCGAGUGCCAAGCACUUCCAGGCGUUCCUGGUCGAUGGACUGGUGAGGUGGAAUGAGGACCGCGCAGCGGCAGCUGCGGGAGAGGUGGAGCCUCUGCACUCCUACAGUGGCCACCUCAAGCACGUCCUUAACCAGAAGAGCCAAAGGGUGCUUGGCCGUCAGCUGGUUAAGGACUUCACCAAGCCUGUCGAGUACACAGGGGAGCUCAUCGGGGUGGAGUUCCUGUACAGGCAGACAGGCAAAGUGCUUGAGGACGUCAGCUUGGACCCCGACAUUCCGGACGAGGCUGCUGCCAUCCAGUCGCUGGAGGAGGUGGACGAGGGUAUCGAGGAAGACGUGGAGGACCCGACCGUCUUCCAGCCAGAUACCCCCUCCACCGGCACAGCAGCCCAGUCGGGUGAUCCGGCUGACGCACCCAGGUCUGAGCCAUCCGGCCCGGCCGCCCCUCACCAACCUGACCCUCCCGAGGCCCCUGAGGCUCCUGCUCAGCAGUCCUCCUCAGACUCUGAGGAGGAGAUGCAGGGUCCUGAUGGCCAGCCAGGAUACCAACAUGUCCUGAAGCUGGCCAAGGCCCUGCUGGAAGCCAGGAGCCUUCAGGGGCUUUCUGACAAGAGGGUGGACAAACUCAUGGCCCUCUGGCAACGCCUGCCCGAGCCGGACAGGCGACGAGUCGUCUACCCUCCCAGACACCGGGAGAGGCAGCUGAAGGGGCGGUUCAAGACAGCGAAGGGGAAGAACACCUCCUGUCCUGGGAAGGAGAGUCUCCAACGCUGUCUUCUCGGGCUGAACUCGGGCCCUGCAACAUGGCCCAGCGCCAGCCGCCUGGUAGAGGCCAUUUGCAGCCAGCUCUGCCGUCUCCACCCCGCGGCCACGCGGUUCGGAGGGAUCACGAGGACUCGGUGGUCCCUCAUCCUCACGGACUACGUGGCCGUUAGAGAGGCAGUGCUGGCCAGCCCGAGGUUGAUGGCUCAGACCGAAAUACAGCUCUUUGAGCUCAACCAGAGGACCCUGUCCCAGUGGUUCUCUCGGCGCCAGAAAGAGAGGGGGGUGUCUGUGCUACUGCAGGGAACUGGCGUCGUCCCUGCAGUAGCUGUGGCUGUCCAGCCUCUCCUGCCAGCGAAAGGGCUGUCCUUUGUACAGGUGGGACAAGGACAGCCCUUCAAUUACAACAUCCCGGAGGUGCCGGGACCUUCAGGGGUGGGUCUGCCUGCCUCAUCUGGCCACAUCCCCCCUCCUCCUCCCCCUCCUCCUCUUCAGACACUGGUCCCGGCUGUCCCUCUCACGGCUGCCCCUGCUGCUCAGCCUCCUCCUCUUCAUGUGCCCAGGACAACGGCCUACAGGAAGAGGAAGGCGGCGGAGGCUGAUGCUGCAAGGGGUGGGCCGCAGCCCGGGAGGAAAGCCCCCCAGCAGAGAGGUCCGUACACCUGCAGCAAGUGUGGCCAGGCCAAGAGGAUCGACACUGGCCACACUCGCAUUGCAGGUGUGUCUUACUGUGCGGCUGCCGGUGGGAAAACUGUGGAGGAAUGGCGGGAGAUGAAAAGACUCAAAAGGGACCCAGAGGGGGGGGGGGAAGGAUAG